CGUCUUGAUAUAUUAUAAUAUCGAUGGUUUAGAUAAGUAUUAUUGCCUCCAAUAGCUUUUCAAGCUGAUUCUGCUCCGAAUAUUAAUUUUGUUUUAAUUAUCAAUUUAAAUUCGCUGAUGGCCAAAAGUCAACUUCCCGACUGGAUCAAAAGAGAUUAGGAACAAGCUUUUCAAGACGAAGUCCUUGUAUUAUUAUUUAUGAUAUACAUUUGAUAACCUUAUUUCCAUUACUUGACUACUUCCAACUAGCAGUAAAAAGUCGUAGUGCGUAGUUCUGGUAUUUUACCUAACCACGUAUAAGCGAUUUUAAGGAUGAAAUCUUGGCAGGAAUCGGCAAGUUUGAUAUUAGCAGCACGUCACGUGCAAAAAUAUAAUUCCACGGUGUUGCCUGCAAUUCACAAUUAUAAAUUGCUAUGGUUGAAACGUCAUCAAAAAUCAAGUUUUAUGCCGGGAACGUACGUCUUCCCGGGCGGUACUGUGGACUCAGCUGAUUCUAACCUGAAGUGGCGGGAAAUCUUCGCCGCCUUCGGUGUAAACAAUGACAGAUUCGCAUCUCUGCUCCCAAAAAUUGCGGUGCGUCCAGAGAUUUAUCGAUCAAGACAAGAUGAACUCCCGAGAGAGAUCUCGCUACGUAUCACUGCGAUUCGCGAGACCUUCGAGGAGUCCGGAAUAUUGAUAUGUAAACAUAAAGAUGACCAUACGUCUACUAAUUGGGCCAAACACGUGUCAAUUCCGAAAAAUGAGUUGCAAAUGUGGCAGAAAAAGGUACACAACGAUGCUACAGAAUUCCUUACUCUCUGCGAGAAGUUGGAUUGCUAUCCAGACUUGUGGGCACUGUAUGAAUGGAGAAAUUGGUUAACACCUGCGACUUUGCCUAAACGCUUCAAUACUAUAUUCUAUUUAGUCUGUUUACCGUUCAUGCCUUAUGCUGAAUAUGAAGCGUCUGAAAUGGAAGAUCUGAAAUGGGAAACGCUAGAAAGUAUUUGCUCAAUGGAUAUUACAUUACCACCGCCACAACAAUAUGAAGUUGCAAAAUUAACUCAAUUUAAAAAUAUAGAUGAAUUGCUACAUUUUGCUGAGGAACGCAAUACAGAAGAAGCACUACAGUUGUUUUUACCGGUGUUUAUACAACUAAAAGAUGGUGCCAUACAAAUUAUGCCUGGGGAUACAAUGUAUCCAAAGGAAGUUAGUUUAUCGGAACAAAUAAUCGAUAAAUCAGAUAUUACCAUAGAUGAAUAUCGAAAAAUGACACCAAUAAAAAAUAGAGUAGAAUAUGGGAACACACAAAUAAAAAUCAUUUUUACUGAUGAACAUGGGAAAGAUAAUUAUGUGGAAAUGUCAACGGCUGGCUAUACAAAACACGCACAUAAAGAGACUAAAAAUAAACUCUAAAAACAAAAUAUAAAAUAAAUUAAGAGUAUAAGGAAA